UUGUCGGUGAGGCCGGCGGGGCGGAUCCCAUAGUAAAUUGGAAGAGAAAAUAAAAGCAACACAAUCAAAGCUUCGGCUUAUUUGCCUCCAAAAAGGAUUUAUUUUCUCCCCUGUGGACAUAUUGCGCAUAAAGAUGCCCUCGGCAACAAAUGGCACCAGGACUUUGAAGUCUGCCAGCCCAGACUUGGGAUCUGCUCCCGGAUCAAUGAACCAAAUCACAGCCAGCAACCAGCUGACUGGAACCCAGUCAGAGGCUAUGAAGCAGGUGAUGGUGGUUCUUGAGAAGAAAGUGCGCAAUAUGGAGAAGAAAAAGAGCAAGCUUGAUGACUAUCAGGCCAGAAGCAGUAAAGGGGAACGUCUCAACCAGGACCAGCUGGAAGCCCUGUCGAAGUACCAGGAAGUAAUCCAUAACCUCGAGUUUACACGGGAACUGCAGAAGAGCUUUUUGGCAUUGGGUCAAGAAAUCCAGAAAACUGUUAAGAAAGCGGCACGCCGUGAGCAGCUCCAGCGUGAAGAGAGUGAGCAGAAAAGGCUGAAACGGGUUCUGGAGCUGCAGUUCGUCCUUGACCGACUUGGGGAUGAAAGUGUGCGGCAGGAACUGCUGCAAGGGGACGGGGAAACUUCGCUGCUCACUGAGGCUGACCUUACUUCCUUGGAUGAGUUUUACAAGCUUGUGGGACCGGAACGUGACCAAAACAUCAGGUUGACUGACCAGUAUCAAGAAGCAUCGCAACACUUAUGGGAACUUUUGGAGGGGAAGGAUAAGCCUGUCGCUGGAACAACAUAUAAAGCUCUGAAUGAGACGUUGGAGCGGGUUUUGCAGAGCGGCUACUUUGACCGAGUGCAGUCUCAUCAGAAUGGAGUUUGUGUGGAAGAAGAGGAGGUGGAGGAGCAGGUGGCUCCAGUGGAAGCAUCUGAACCAGAGGAACAGCCUCUUGACACAGCAGAGGGUGAGAUUACAGAAGAGUAUCCUGAACCCAUUCCAAUUGAGAUAACAGAGUUUGUAAAUAGGCAGUUUGUUUCGGAGAACACGUAUAGUACUGGUGAAAAGGAGCAAAGAGAAGAAUGGAGUGUGGAACCUGAGGUUGUGAACUCGAUACUGCAGCCAGUUCAGACUGCCCCCAUUCCUGUCGUCCCAGAGCCUCAUCCAAUGCCCACAGUAACUCCAACACCCCCCUCAGACCCCGUGUGCAGACAGCAGGUGGUUCAGGACCUCAUGGCACAGAUGCAGGGACCAUACAACUUUAUGCAGGACUCCAUGCUUGAUUUUGAUGGCCAGUCUCUGGAUCCGGCUAUUGUAUCAGCACAACCUAUGAAGCCAGUCAGUAUGGAGAUGCCACCAAUGGUGUGUCAACCAGCUCACCCAGAGACUCAUCUAGCACAGCCUCCAGCUGUUGGCGUUCAGCCAGAACCCACGCAAAUGCCCAUGGUUUCUCCAUCACCAGAAACCUUCUCCACACCGCCACCAAUGUAUCAGUCCCCUCACACAACUGAUCCCAGACCACAGACAGGCUCGAUUGAUCCAAUUCAGGCCUCCAUGCCCUUGACAGAACAAACUCCUUCAUCUGCAACGCUUCCUCCUGCCUCCCAAACCCAGGUGAUCCCAAAACCCUUGCACAGCAGCGGCAUCAAUGUCAACGCAGCUCCAUUCCAGUCCAUGCAAACGGUGUUCAAUCUGAAUGCUCCUGUCCCACCAGUUAAUGAUGCGGACUCCAUAAAGCAGGCCAGCCAAUAUCAGAACAGCUACAGUCAGGGCUUUAAUAGCCAGACGCAGCUUCCUGUGGAGCAAACAGACCUGCCGCCAGAGCAGCUCCAGGCUGUAGUUGGUGCCUUCCAUUCUCAAGAUCAGUCUCUCCAGAACUCAGCUGCUCAUCAGGUCAUGUCUCAGCAGCAGGCAGGUGUUCAGGGCAACGGCUUCGGUCGCCAGGCUCAGUCCUUCUACAACAGCAGAGGCAUGUCCCGUGGCGGCCCCCGCAACUCACGCGGCAUCAUCAACGGCUACAGAGGACCAUCCAAUGGCUUCAGAGGUGGUUAUGAAGGUUAUCGGCCAUCGUUCUCCAACUCAGCCAACCCCGGAUAUGGACAAACCCAGUUCAGCACACCGCGCGACUAUUCUGGAAACAACUAUCAGCGGGACGGUUACCAGCAGAACUAUAAGCGCGGCUCUGGCCAAGGGACUCGCGGAGUCUCUCGAGGAAGCGCUCCAGCCAUGCGCUCUUAAGCCUUGUCAACCUUCAAUCUGGACCACAGUGAACAUUCGGAUGCUCAAGUGCAAAUGUCCUGGCUCUCUUUCCCCCUCUCUUCUUAAUGGAAACCAUCAGGCAAAUAUCCAUUUGACGUGUUAAAAUGGAGAAAAGUUCAAGCUGAAAACUGUCAAUUUUAAAGUUUCCCCGUGUUUCUAACAGAUAUGCCUGUGAACUUGAAAGACUUAAUUUAUUUUUGUUUGUUUUUUUUGUAUGAAAUAAAAUUUAAACCUGCUACAGCUGGUCCAAAAAAUGGGAGUUUCGUUUCUGCCCCUCUGUUUUUGUUCACACCAAUUUGUUCUGGUUUUAAAAACUGCUUCUUUUGGUACAUUUUUAAAGAUUCUCCCAGAUUCACGGUUUGUAAAGUGAUUACUGCUUCAAGUUUCAAUAAAGAUGUGUUGCAUUAA